AUGCAAACAUCCACAUCAAUUAAAACAUGGUCAGCAUUUAUUACAGCUAUUACACAAGCUUUUGGAUCAACAAAGGUACAAGAAUUAGCAUUUGAACAAUUAAAAUGGUAUAAACAAACAGUUAAUCAAUCCAUUACACAAUAUUAUGAUAAAAUUAUUGAAUUAUGCAAAAAAGUCGAUCCUGUAAUGCCUGAUUCUUUGAAAUUAAAAUAUUUAAUGGUUGGAGUGAAAGAAUCAUUGAAAAUGCAUGUAGCGUUACAAGAUCCCAAAACAACUGAAGCAUUUCUAUUAUCAGCAAAGAAGAUUGAAGAUGUAUUAUCAAUUACCAAAACAAAUAAUGAAUUAUCUGACAAUGAUAUUACCAUCAUCAAUGCAACUGGUUAUCAAAAUCAAGUACGUGAUCGAGCAACAUUCACACGAACAUCAAACAAUAAAUUUAAUCAAAAAAAUCCUUGGAAUGCAAAUGCAUCACGAACUCGAACAAAUUCUAGUCAGGGAAUACCAGUUGGAAAUAACGCAAAUCGACAAAAUAAAUUCUCAAAUUCUACAAGAUCAACACAGAAACUAGGUGCUUGUUACAAUUGUGGUACUCCUGGCCAUUAUGCCCGGGAUUGUACCCGUCCCCAUUUUCAAUAG